GUUUACUACAACCACCGCAUUGGGAACUUUUCAGUUCCCUGCCCCACUAUCGAGUUUGUCGUUUCGUACUUCCUUAACAACAUUGAAACAUUCAUUAUUUUCGCCCUUCUCAACGAUCAAAUAAACACAUCUUUAAUCCAGAUCAGGCAGUACUUUAUAUCAGGUAGGAAAUAACCUGACAGGCGCUUAUCUUUUUCAAUGCAUUGCAUACAUGUGCAUUUAAAUCAUACGCGACUCCACGUGUCUUGGCUAUAGACACCACUAAGAUAACGACGAUGAGACUUCGAAAAUCAAACCAAGGGAAGCGCUUUAACAACGGUCUAGCUUUCAAUCUUUCCGAUGGAGAACAAUCGGAUUUAACACGACAAGUCCGCGAUUUUUCUGAUGAUGAAUUCGUAGUAGGCGCCCAACCGCUGGAUCGCAAAGAUGAGCAGGACGAUGAUCCUCAGGAUUCUUCGGAUUUUGAAUCACUAGAUGGCAGGCAGUCUGAAUCAAGGCGCAAGAAAAACAGGCGCUCCUGGGCACCAAAUCCAGCCAAACCACUUGGCGAAGUACAGCCCUACCCAACAGACCCUGCACAGAAAUGGACAAGGACUUACGUUGGCCCAGUCAAAAGAUGGACGCGGCUUGAAUACCUGGUCGAUUAUUGGUUUGGUGAUAUGGAAGACCGCAGAGAAGUCUUCAAUGAAUUCAUGAAAUUGUGGUUCAACUUUCAGCUUUUACCUCCCAAGCUCCCACAAGGAUCCCACCAGUUAGAGGUAGCGCGGAACGGGUGGAUGUCCGGUGAUUUCACCCAGCAUAUCGAAAAUAAGUAUCGUCAUUGGUAUGAGAGAUAUCUAGCCAUACGAACUAGAUCGCAAGAAUCAACUCUUAUAGAUAAAGCGAAGGCGUUCCGGUGGUUUCUUCCACGAGCCGACCGUGAGAUGCGCGUGUUACUCGGUCAUGUAUCGAAUCAGAAAGAAUACCUUAUUAAGCAAGGAGAAUGCAUAUCAUUAUCGGAUUCUGGACUUCCAAUCGAGGAUGAAAGCAAUAAUGAGCUGCAGAACGGCGGUUGGCUGCUUGAUGUUGGGGGCAUCGUCCUUUCUAUGGGAUGGGCUCCAGUCAAAGACCAUGCAGACCAGCUCCUAGCUAUGUCAGUCAUCCCACAUUCGGACCAGGCCUUUUAUAGGGAUCUAAAUAAUGCACCAAAACCGUCAGAACUAAGAGAGGGAGCCAUUCAGAUUUGGAAAUUCAAGGCCGAAAAAGACUCUGGAGGGAUCAGUCGACCAGCGCGAUCCUCUCCGGAAUUAAUACAUGCAAUAUGCUUCUAUUGGGGAAGAGUAAAACGAAUGCAGUGGUGUCCCGUCCCGCUCACCAUUACGCAUGGCAUAGCUCUCUUGGCUGCGUUGUGUGGAGAUGGAAAGUUGAGGAUCAUGGAGAUCAAGCGGGAUCCAGAGAGAGACAGCAUUGGAACUUAUGAAGAAAUGCAGGAACCGAUGGCCACUAUAGAGCCUCCUAAGGAACAUACUCUGGAAAUAAAUUGCUUUUCCUGGCUGAAUAUGAACCGUAUUGUUGUUGGCCUCUCUGACGGCUCCGUAGUAGUAUGGUCGGUUUCGCCCUUCCAGCAAUUGCAACGCCACCCCGUUCACUCGAGCCCUAUAAUGGACAUCGUAUCAGGUUACCCCUCUAAACCCUUUCUUAUUGCGACGAUGCCUAUGGGGGGUGUGUUCACUUUGACCGACUUGAACCGACCUACCUCAGAGAAGACAUACCAUGGAAACCCGUUGGUUUCCCUUCAGCCAAACGUCCUUUCUUGGAGCGACCAGUUAAGGGGUUUCGCAUCUAUAUGGCCUACCUCGUUUCCGGGAACAUCAACCGUUUCUUUCGUGCAUUCUCGGGUAUUCCCUCUUUCCCGUCAUAUAUGCACCGUAGAGGGCCAGACAAGCUGUCUUGCGUUCGGAACAUGUCACCCAUGCCUUCUCGUCGGAAGCUCAGAUGGAUCAGUCUGGACCCUUAACGUUAUGCGCAAAGUAUUAUCGCACAGAGAGAAAACACAUAAGAUCAAAAUCUUUCAGCAUGAAUAUGCUGCGCCUCGACCUCCUGAUGCUACGAAUGACGAUGGUGAGCAAAUUCCGCCACGUGGGGGAUGUCGUAUCCUCCAUGGAUUUUUACCUCAAGUCAAUUUUCAUCCCCUAGGCACGAGGAUCGCGAAGGAGAGCAGGGUUAAGCGUGCUAGAGGGGAGAAGAAAGCGGCUAAUAAGAAGGCCGAGAAGCCGGAGAAUGAAGAACCGUUUGAAGACCCAGCAGAAUCAGAUGAGGAUUACUUCACUAUGGUUCCAGCCCCUAUCGUCGUCCACGAGCCCCAGACCCGCAUUACGGCGUUAUGUUGGAAUCCGAACGUGGAGUUUAGCUGGUGGGCCGCGGCAGCAAUGGGGUCCGGGCUAGUGAGAGUCAUGGAUCUUGGUAUCGAGAAAGCCCAAGGGGAGCCAGAAGAGAACCCUGAGGGGCUCGAAUCAGCCGAGCCAAAUUUUGAACGUGAUGAUGAUGGUCGCAAUGGAGAUAUCGAAAUGGGGGAUGGCCCAGACGGCGAUGUCGAGCUAGUAGAAUAGGCAUGAUGAAACGGUGUAGGAUAUAAGGACAGCCUUGCAGCAAUUCGCGUGGCUACUUGAUCAUAUAUAAACGCAUAGGCACCUAAGAAGCCACGAGUUGGGAGUACACAUACUCAUAUAUCCAUCGACUUCACCACGUGCCAGAUCCUAUUAAUUGCUCUUUCUAAGGAAUUGUCUAUAGAACGCUUGUAGGGCAGAAUACAAUAGUCCCCUACUUAGUCUAUAGUACAGGCAUGCUAUCAGAACCAACAGAGAUCUUCGUAUGUACUUGAUUCCGUCCUUCAUUAUAAUUAGGUACAUAAUAACCAUACUCGCCGCCUGCUGCAAUCGAC